CAUCUCGAAUUUAACAAACGGCGGGUAAUCAGUGAACUCAGAAGUGUUUUACAACCGUUUUUAUUCAAGUUAAAAAAAAAUACAUCAUUUUUCAACAAUAUAUGCAUUACUUUUUGUUUGUGCUUGUUACUAUUGUCCUUUCAACAACAUGUGGUCCAAUUUCGAACUGAUUUCUUUCGAGGAUGAAACAUUGAAUAGCGCCUUCUGUACCAACGGUCUUUUUCGGAUUUCUAGUGAAGAACUGGUCCAGAAAAAUCCCCGCGUUACAGGAAUACUCCAGAAUCGACGAUUGAUUAUUUCAAUCGACAAAACUUUGGUCGUAUUCCAGGAUGAAAAUCGCUGUAACGAUGGCAAAAUAUUGGACGUUUCCUGCAACAUUGAGUGCGUUGCCAGUUCCGACAGUGGUGAUCUGAUUGUAUGUGGUUUAUCUAACGGUACUAUUACCGGAUUUCAUGUUGGAGGAAUCAGCUUAUUUAGUUUACCCAUCAAGUCGGAGGAUUACAAUCCGGAUAACACAUUCACCGAAAUUCGUCAAAUGAACGGGAACUAUUUUGUUCAAUGUUCUCGAGGUCCAGUUUAUCAUAUUAUACUCGAUGAAAAUAGGAUAAGCGAAUCGCUGAAACAGUUGGACUCGAGUAAUAUGAACAAUACACUUAACUUUGAUGAUUGCGUGAUUGUCAAUCGUAUAAUGGAGAAACACUUGCGCGAGGUGGUCACUAGCUUUGUACCAAUGGUGAGCUAUGAUCUUGGAAGUGACGAAACAUCUCCUUCCAUCAUUUGCACCAGCAAUGAGUCGGUAUACUUUCAAAGAACCAACGCCUUUGAAAAGUUUCCCAUUAAACCGGAGUAUCGUGGAAUCAAGAAGUUGUUUAACUUUGUUCAUUGUUUAGUCGGUUUAACAUUCAGCGGACAACUGAUAGAAAUUUGUCCUGUUGUAAAACUAGCGUGGGAGCUGGAAGUGCCUUUUAAGAUAGAUGAUUUUAUUAUCAUGGAAUGUACCGAAGAAACGGUAGAACUAUUACUUCUAACAAAACCAGACUUGAACGGAGUCAGAUCGAUGAAAAUCGUCGACUUUCCUUCAAUGGAAUGCAAGUACGAUCUGGAAAUGAACGAGUACGUAUGGCUUGUACAGCAACCCAAAAGUGCGGUUAACAUUUACUACAUCACGGGAAACCCCAAGGAUAAGCCACACGUUCAGGAAAUUGAAAUGAUGAUAUUGUCUGAAACGCAGCCCUCGCUUAGAUUAGAAAAACUUAUUCGCAAAGGACGCCUGGAUGAGGCCGAAGACUUUGCUAAACAGUUUGACCUAAGUUUGCAGUGCAUUUAUCAAGCUAAAAUUCGGCUGCUGUUGGCACAGAUGGCUGCCAGCCGACAUUCAGCCGGAGAAACGUAUCAGCACACUUUCGACAAAUUAAUGGAAAUCUUGAACAUGAUUGAAGAUCCUGCUUUUUUUCUCUCAAUCAGACUAGCUGCUAUUCCUGAGCGAAACAUGAAAAAACGGUUUCUGCAAUUCUUGGCCCAAAAAAUUGAUAAAAGUCGUCCGGAAAUAAGCGACAUCACAGAGCAGUUGCUUCGUUUGGAUACUCUCAAGCUAAUCGACCCGUACGAAGUGGAUGCAGAGUGGCAAAAUUUUAUUUUCCACCAAAAUCUUACAAAGCAUUGCAUCGAGCUGUUCAAAACCGAUAUGCAGGCUGCCUGUUUGAUCUGGUCACGCCAUGUUUCGUCAUUCAUUUUACACAUGGACUCACUGAAAAUCACUAGUCUUCUCAAAUCCAUACCCGAAGGGACUCCACCUUUGCAACUAAUCCAGUGGCUAAUGCAUUUCGUUCCUCCAAUCCUGCAGCAUCUUCCACAAAUGAUGCGAAUUUUAGUAACUUUUGUAAUUGGUAAAACUAAGGCGCUACAGUUUGCUCCAUUUUGGCCGAAAGUUGGCCUCACGUUUAUCGAUGACGUGAUUGCCAUUUUCAAGGACGUGAAAUUUCCUAUCAUGGAUAUGCGAUUGCAGUAUGAAACCAACAUGGAAGAAAUGGAGCUGCUUAGUGAUGCACUGAAAGAUCUCACUUUGUUGAAGGAGAAAUUCAACUUAACGGCUAACAUUGAUAACUAUCUGCAGGAAACUAAAGAACACACCGCGUUUCGUUUACUGCAGACUGUACAGCUUUCAAAUUUAAAACGAAUCGUGACCGAAUUUCUAUACCCGAUGUUCGUCGGUCAGGAAACCCAGCUGCAAAAGUCUAUUACGCAAUACAUUCAGUUUCUCAUUUCCAAUCAAAACAUCAGUUACUGGGAGGAACGUUGCGUAAUUUUGGUAGAAGUGCUUCACAACGAAUACGUGAAACUGAAUGUUAUUUUAGAUAUUCUUAAGGCAUCGCCAGUACCAUGGUCCAAAACUAUCACUCCACUGGUGAAGUACGCCAAUUCCGACCAUCCGAUUGCGGCUCAGAUUUUGCUCGAGCAACGCACGCAGAUUGUCAAAAUUAUUAAAGUUAAAUACGGAUGGCCAGCGAAGAGCCAAGGAUGUCUUCGAAUGUUAGCUAAUCGUGUGCUGAAGAUGCGUGAUGCAAAUAUGUUGAAUGACAUCAAAGAGUUGACGGAAUCGGCACCUGAAAUCGCGUUUACAGUAGAUCUGAACGUUAUGUUGCGGCUUGCCGAAUAUGGAGAGUAUGUUGUUGCUCUGCGUUAUAUUGAAGGACUGCCAGAUGAGCGCAAGCAAGAUUGUAGUCGCUCCGUCGCCGAAACAAUAAUUCACAUGCUCGAUGAUGUUAGUGGUCUUGAGACGUAUUCCGAAAACUAUAUUGAGUUAUUGCAUUUACUUAAAUCACGCUGUUCUCCUAUGAGCCAACUGGAAAUACGAGAAAUGCUCAAUAUUUUAAGUCUUCGCAAGGAGUUCCAACUAGAUGUUCGCCGAGACAAUUUCAUUGGAGAAAAAGAUCGUCGGCAACUGUUACUUAAUGGCAUUCAACAUUUGCUGCUUCAAAUUAGUGGAGAUCGAGUCAAUUUUCUCUCUGAUUUGUUUGGUGGAGUUAAGCGACUGACGGAAGCCUUAGAUGUAGAAUUUCUAGAUGGAAUCUAUGAGAUUUUAAAUUUGAUUGGCAAUGUUCAUGCCAGCGGUGCCGUUCUAGCUAGAGUAGCCGAAAUGAUUGAUAUGGAUGGCGAUACACACGUAAAUUUACAUCGCUUAAUAGCUUUACUGCUAACACAACAAAUACAGUAUUUCGCCGAUUCUAAUGCUAGCUGGGAAUUAGACCCUCUGACCUAUCCACUAGCAGAUAAAAUAUUAAGAUGUUGCUAUAAAGAAGCAACUUUUAACGGAAUUGCGAAAUUAGAACUGCUGCGGUGGGUUCAGCUAGGCAGUCAGUAUUAUGACAUCGAUGUACUGGAAGAAUACAACAAACGACCUUACCUGCCAGAGAAAGUGUUCACAAAAAUGUUCACCAUGACUAAUGGUAAACAUGAAUCGGUGAGAAAAAGCUACAAACGAGAUUCGCUCUCAACAUUCGAUAUAGUUUACACGAAUGACGAUGCUAUGGAAGGAAUCAAAACUUUGGACGAUCAAGAAACGACCAUUAAAUGCAUCGGACAAGCGCUACAGGUGGUAGUUGGAAGCCUAAAGGCGGACCAAAUGGAACCACCACUUCGCUACUUCCAUGAGCUGCUGGCGCCCAUUGAUUUGGAUGCCAUCAAAAUGGACUUUCAGACAACCUUAGAAAUACUGGUGAAGUAUAAAAAAUACCCAGCAGCUGUUCAAUUGGUACAGUUGGUUUUGUCCUAUGAAAAACUCACAGGAGUAAUAAUUCCUGCUGAGUUUGCUGAGAAUCUUAGGCGAAAAUCAUUAAAGUAUUUUUUGUCACAGAAGGAACCAGAUUACAAUAUGGCCGUAUUUGUUCUAUUUCAAUGCAUUUCUAAAGAAAAGUGCCUAGAAUAUCUACGUUGUAAUAUGCUUAACGAAUCUCAGCGGGCAGCCUUCCACACCUUACUGGAGUUCUAUUAUAUUAAUAUUGGCGAAAUGGAACGAGCCGUACAAGAGCGAGGCAAACGGAUGCACUUCAAAUUUUUCUACGAACUGUGUAAAUUGGAUCCAUCUUUAAAAACUAAAAAGACCCUGUCGUUCCACAACAUAGUCGACCUUACCAAAGAGAUGAAGAGCAAAGUGCUGAGCAUAGAACUGCUUCGUAAAAUGAGCGAAAAUUUUUCCUGGGAUUACCAGCAAGUAUUGGUUUCUCAGAUUAUUACGAUACUCAGUUUACAGGAACUCGAUUUUGAAGUGAGCCAAGACAAUUUUGGCAAAGAAGUCGUUACCAUCAAAACAACAGCAGAAGACAUCCUGAACCAAUGUCAACCAUACAUUAAUGAAGUUACGAACCACGUGCUGCUGAGUACACGGUUGACGGAAUAUUUGCAAGAAAUGAAUUUUUAUUUCUACGAGAUGUACAUUUGCGUACUAAAGAUUUUCUCGCAAAUCAAUCACCAACAGGAAGAAAUGGUAGUAUGGCAGAAAAUGCUCGACUAUCUCAAGGAUGGAUUGACCAUUAAGCGAGUCCAUCGCGCCGGGCAAGUUGAGCUGGAUGCAUGGCUCAAGCUUCAACCCGAUGGUGGUAUGCUGCCUAAAAUUUCGAAAUAUCGCCUUCCCUUCAUGAUACUGAUACGUCAUCCAUUGAAAACUCUCUUAAAGGAAGAGAUUUCAAUUGAUAAUUACAAAAAACUGUUGGUGCUUGUACAACUGAAGGCUCACCUCGAAAACAUGGAUCCAAUCGAAUUGCAGGACUAUUUCUGUAAGGCAGCCGUGCUCAAUUCAAUCUCCGAAUACAAGAUUCAAGCUGAUGAAAUUUCACCAGGAACGGGCUGGCACUUGCAUCCCGUUAACAAUGCAUUUUUGCAAUCGAUUCUUCGUUUGGUGGACUGCGUUUCGGAUCCUGUCUCAAAGCUUUUCAUCCUGUACUAUGUCACAAAUAAUGCACCAGAAGGCGCCGAUCAGGUAGAGGCAGCCUACGAAUGUUACAAGUUUGUCUGCCAAAACGAGGAUAUUUUAUCUGCAAAUGUCGACGCAAAAGACAAAGUGGAGAAAAUUUUCCGAAAAUAUCCCAUCUUCAAAACGCAACAUUUGCUACUACAGUACGGUAUCAAUGACGAUAAAUUGCUCUCUCUGGUGAAAAACCCUCUAGAGCUAAUCAAUGCUCUGUACAGUGUAACAUUAGAGCGAAAGGUCGACAUUAAUAGUUUAGUUUGCGAAAUCUCGAAACUCCACCAGUUAGACAUUCAUCCCAUUCAAGUGACUUUGAUUCAAAAAUGGCUGUCAAUUGUCGGUUCAGCUAAUAACUCAAGUGAAAACCUAGAGGAAACCUUGUAUGAAGAUCACAACAUGGAAGACGACUCGGUUACAACCACAUCUGCUGAUGAGUACGUCGCAAGAGCUCACUACAUUCUAAAAAGCUGGGAUAGAGAGAAGAGCGUCCAAUUUCUCAUAACACAGCUGUGCACAGGUGAUUCGAACGUAGACGCCAAGAAGCAACUGCAAAUCUACGAUUGUUUCAGCAAAUUAAUUGAUGAUAACUGUAUGUCCUACAUCGAUGUGUUCAAUCCAAGCCAUUACAUUGUAUUGAAGUGCAUCUACUUCCUUAAAUCGCUCGGCUUCAACAACCUCACUAUGACCAAAUUUGAGGAAACCGAUAAAAUGAGCUUGCUCAAACGUCUCUGGCAGUCGCAUGCAACUAAUGCAAAGGGUCUGGAAGUAAUCGCCUACAUUUGUUUAGGAUACGACAUAUUCGUGCCUCAGAUCUGGAACGGUUUGCUAAAGCAAAUGGCUCGCACCAACAUGCUAUCUCAUCUGACGAUGCUACUGGACAUUGUUUCCGCACACGAGCAGCUUAUCGUACUGGAAGGAUACCGAAUGGCGUGGGAAACGAUCAUCAAAGCACCGUUCCGAAAUGCCAGUCGGGUACGAUCGUUUGAGGAAGAUGCUGUACUGUCGAAGUCGCUUGUAUUACUGCAAAAGUGUCCCGUUUCAGCUUCACUAAAUUUACUGGACAUUGCAGAAGUGUGCAUUAAUGCAAACCGCAUCAGUAUGGCUGCGGUACUGCUUCCUUACGCCAAUGAAGUACAAAAAGAACCGCUCAAAAAGUUAAUCUUGAAUAACAUGGAACCUACGUUGAAACAGCAGAUUCUUGAACUCGAAGAAUUCGGUAUCGCAUCAGUAGUUGCACGAGCGGUGUUCAGUGAGCUCAAUUUAAACAGAGAUAGUAGAUCUGAUCAUUAGAAUUUAAUGCACUAAUCUAUCGCUGAACAUCGUUUAGGUUAUGCUAUUUACAAGUUA